CCACCACUUUCGAGACACUGUUUUUUUGAACUCGGAGCACACAUCGUCGGCAGCGUCCGCAUCCGCAUCGCAGUUAUUUUUUUCCUGUGUGCGAUUCUCGUUCUCCUUUCCAAACACAAACCGAACGCAAAGCCAGCCCAGGAUCACCGAGAACAAGAAGAGUGUGUGUGCGAGAACAAUGUGCGAAAAGUGGGCGACGCGAGCGGCGUGGUCGACGUCGACGGAGAGCGGAUAGUGGAUGGUGGAACGAUUGCGAACGGACGCAGACCGAAACAAAAGUGAAAACGUGCAAAAAAAAAAAAAGAUAUACAACAACAACAAACGCAAAAGCGAGUAGCGAAUACAAAGCGACAAAAUGUGCGACGCUGCGGCGGCAGCAGCAACAACUGUGGAGGCCACAGCGACGCCUGGAACGGGAACAGGAACGCCUGUGGGAGCCACAACGGUUACGGGAACGGGAGCUGGAACCACUUCCCCAGAAGUUUCCAACGCCACACCAACAACGACAACGGCAAAAGCGGAACGGUCGGCGCGACAAAACUGCUGUCGCCUGUGCAUUGCCCCACAAUCGGAGUGCAUCUCGAUCAUCAAUAGCUAUGCGGCGGACAAGGAGCCGCUUUCCACCAAGAUCCACAACUGCGUCAGCAUCAAGAUUACACCCCAGGAUCGGCUGUCGCUGCAGAUUUGCCACGCCUGCAUCAGCUACCUGAACUCGUGGCAGAGCUUCAAGAACCGCUGCGUCAGCUCGCAGACGAAGCAGCGCCAGUGGCUGGAGGCCAACAAGAGCAAGCUCUUCAACUACCUGGACCUGAACAGUGCGGAGAAUGGAGGCGGAGGCGGGGGAGGCGGUGGCGGUGGCUCCUUCGAUCACCAGCAGCAGCAUCAUCAUCAUCAGCUCCACCAGCAACCGCAAUCGGAGAAUGAGCUCGAAUCGGAGAAGGCGACGCCAGCGGUCACAGCGACGGCCGCCAACAUUUUGGAUGGCAUACACUCGCUGAAGAAACGCAAAUCCCUAACAGUCUAUGUGAGUCCUAAACCGCAGCAGCUGCCACAGCAUCAAUUGCAGCAGUUGCAGCUGCAACCACCGGCCAGAAUGACGGCGACAACCGGCAGCAACGCGCAGCAAUCGCUGCAGACCCUUCUCUUGCAGGUGCCACCAGCAUCGGCGGCCAGUUGCUCCUCCACAUCCACAUCCACCACAUCCGCAUCCCAGCAGCGGGAACAUCAGCAUCAGCAUCAACAGCAGCAGCAUCAUCAGCAGCAGCAGCAUCAUCAUCAGCCACGGCAGCAAUCUCACCAAUUUCGCAGAUACCAUCAUCAUCACCAGCAACAACAGCAGCAACAACAACAACAGCAACAGCAGCAACGUCCGCAGCGCGGCGGCAAGCAGGUGUUGCCACAUCAUCAACAUCAUCAGCAACAGCAUAGUAGACGCCAGCGGCAGUUUCGUCCACAACGUCCGAUUCCGGUGGCAAAUCCGGCUCCACCGAUUCGCAAAUUCAAGCCGAAGGUGUACUUGCCACUGGACAUUGCAGUGCCGCCGCUGCCACCUUUGCCACCAUUGGGAGCCAGUGUUGCUCCGUCUGCUGCUUCGAGUGUUGCUGCUUCUACUUCUACUGCAGCUGCUGCUGCUGCGGCUGCUGCUACUGCUACUGCUGGUGCUCAUGAACUGCUGCCCGGGAUGGCGGGUGUGGGCUUGGGCGUGGGAGGCGGAAUGGAGAGCUUGUCGCUGGCGCUGCCGCUGGAUUUCAGCCAAGGCUGCAGCACCAGCAGUACCGGUCACGUCCAACAACAGCAGGCUGGCGGCGUCGGUGGCGGUGGUAAUGGUGGUCUGGCCACCACAAUUUCGUCCAAUCCGCCGGGCAACGUCGAUUCCGUGACGGCCUCUGUCUCAGCAGCAUCUGCAUCCGCAUCUGCAACCGCAUCCGUGUCCACGGCUCCGCUGCUUAUGCCGCCACUGCCUGCGAUUCCCAUCAAAGAUGAGCCUAUUGACACGGACGACGACUACCAGAUGAAGUCGAUAGACGAGUCCGAUGACAUGGUCGAUCCCACAAUGUUCCUAGAGCGUUCCGAGCACGAGGGCGAUGUCCCAUUGACGGCUUCGGACUACGACUACACGGGCCAGCACGGCGGCAACGGCUCCUCGGUGGCUGCUUCGCUGCCGGCGAACGCGGUGGCCAAUGUGGCGGCCGCCGGGGACUCCAAGGUGGCCAGCUGCCGGGCCUGCAGCCUGCAGUUCUCCACGCGGGCCAACGCCCGCCGUCACGAGCGCAACCUGCACCCGAACCUGUUCCAGCUGUCGACCGACUCGCCCCACAACACGCCCAUCACGAAGCCAACGCCCGCCCUGGCCGCCGCCCUCGAGAUCCAACGGGCGGCGGCUGCGGCCGCCACCGCCGAGGCGAACCGAGCAGUGGGAGCGGCGGGCGGCAACAUCUCGACGCAGAAGUACCGCCAGGUGGUGAUGAACGCGUUCAGCAAGUGCGAGGGCGGCGGCUACGACUACGACAAUCCCGAACAGUAUCGGUCGCUGCUCACCCGCGACAAGGUGGAGUUCAUCGAGCAGAACGACGAGUUCCUCGAGCAGUACCAAACGAUGACCUGCCGCUGCUGCAGCAAGUACUUCAGCACGUACAAGAACUUCAUGGCGCACGUGCGCAAGAAGUAUCCGCUGCUGCCGCGCAACCUGUGCUUCAACUGCCUCAAGAUGAACGACUCCAAGGCGCUGUUCAUCUCGCAUCUGAAGAAGCGCAACUGCAUAAAUCUCUUCAGGGUCCUCAAUGCUCUCCGCGGCAAGACGACAUCGGUUGCCCCAGUUGUGGGUGCCAUGUCCUCCUCCCUCACGGAGGACAUGGCAGUCGAUGGAGCCGGUGUUUCUGUGGCCGACGCAACCGGUGCCGAUGUGACGGCCAUGACCAGUCCCACGGUGACCAUCGGCGGCGGCGGCGCCGGAGAAGUGGUCACACCCGGCGGCGGAUCCGAGCGACCGGAGAAGCUGCGCGCCAAGGAGCUGCUGGUGAACAAGCUGUACGAGUGCAAGCUCUGCCCGAAGGGGUUCCGCACCAAGCACGAGUUCCGGACGCACGUCUACGACAAGCACGCGGAUGUGCAGCGCAAGGACAACAACUCGAUUCAGUGCAGCUUCUGCGGGCUGGACAUCCCCGAGCCGGUGGAUCGGCGGCGGCACUACAACAACAUGGACUGCAUUGUCCGUUUGCGCUGCAUGACGUGCGACGCCAAGCUGGAGACGCACCAGCGCUUCCUCGACCACGUCUACCAGGACCACCUGGGCGGCGUUGGCGGCGGCGGCGGCGGGGCGAGCAGCGACAAUGCCUCCACCACGGGCAGCGGCAUGGCCAGGAGCAACAGCAUAGAGCACUCGCCCGGCAAGCGGAGUCUCCUGGGAGCGUUGGGCAUUGGCGUUGGCUCCUCGGCGGACGAGUCGCGCAGCAGCAGCGCCGCUCCGCAGAUGUCCUCCACACCAAAGCCGGCGGGCGGAGCCCAGGUGGGUGGCGGCUCUACUUCAGCAACUGCGGCUGCUGCAGCUCAGAGCUCGGCCAAUCGGGAUGCGGCCGCACCCAAGUCGCAGUACUUCUCGCGGAUGCCGCAGGUGUGUCCGAUUUGCGGCCAGCAGUACAACAACUACAACAACGUGCUGCGCCACAUGGAGUCGAAGCAUCCGAACAAGCUGCCCGAGACCUACAAGUGCGUGCGAUGCGGCCUGGGCUAUCCACGGAUCUCCUACCUGCGCGAGCACAUGAUCAACGUGCACGGCGUCGACAAGAACCGCCAUUCCGGCGGCUUCGAGUACAUCGUGAACGCGGACGCCGUCAAGUUGGCCGAUGGGAGCACCCCGAACGUCUACACUGGUCGCUUCGACUACGUGAUGAAGGACCUGAUGUCGAUAACAAAUGGUGGGACACUCGACGACGAGGAGGACGAGCCGAGCAGCGUGGCGAAGAAGAUGCGCCUGGACGACAGCAGCAACAACAGCAGCCUGGUGGGCGUGGCCAGCCAGCAGAAGGAGUGUCCCAUCUGCAAUGCGGUGUUCAGCAACAACAUCGGCCUGUCCAAUCACAUGCGCUCCCACUACACAACCUCGAAUGCGGUGACUGCUGCUCUGGCGGCUGCCAAUCGAAUGACGCCGAAGUCGCUGACAAUUACCGCAACGCCGGCGACGGAUUCGGAAACGGGUCUCAUGGCAUCGUCAACGGCGGCGGGAUCGGUUUCGGCUCCGGCCACACCGGCCAAUGUGCCGCCGGCGAUGGCCAAUCAAACGCCGCAGGAGCAGGCCGUCUUUCGGCGCAGUCUCGACCAGGCGGCCGAUCGCCGCUUCCGGCGAAUGCGGUGCCGCAUCUGCCAGCGACGCUUCAGCUCGAAGAAGUCCUAUCGCUACCACAUGCUCACCGACCACCAGGUGCAGAACGUGCAGUUCAUCAAGUGCAAGCUGUGCAACGCCGAGUUCGCCUACGAGAAGGGUCUGAAGGUGCAUCUGUUCAAGGUGCACGGGCGGGCGAUCAAGGACGAGAUGAUCAUCAAGCAGUUCGAGUGCGAGGUCUGCUCGAUUGUCUACAGUUCGGAAAUGGAGCUGCAGCAGCACAAGCGCAGUGUCCACAAGCUGGCCGGGGCAUCCACGUCGGCGUCCACGUCCGCCAAGAUCGACGAUGAUUCACUGAUGGACGAGAGAAAGCCAACGGCAGCGGAUCUCGCCGAUCUUGCAGCAUCCACGGCAUCCGCUUCGGCGGGCCAAGGAUUGGGAACUCCGCUGUACUGGUACCAGUGCAAGUACUGCCCCUCCAACUUCAACACCAACAAGAAGCUGGCCAUCCACAUCAACUCCCACGACGAGUUCGACUCGAACGAUUACUCCUGCAAAGACUGCGGCAACGUGUACAGCGGCCGCAAGAGCCUAUGGGUGCACCGCUACAAGAAGCAUCCGCAGGUGCCCGAUCCGGCCGAGUGCUCGAUGUGCCGCAAGGUCUUCUUCGAUCGGCAGAUGCACGACAACCACACGCCCACCUGCAACCGCAAGCCGAUCACCUCGACGGGAGCCCAUCAGCAGCAGGAUGGGCAGCAGUCGUCGCUUCAGCCGGCCAGACGCACCGUUUUCCGGCACAAGACCGGCGAUGACGAGGACGACGAGGAGGACGAGGACCAGCACCAGCACCAGCAGAUGCUCGAGGACAGGGCCAACUGCGACGGCAAUGGAGCCGCGGCAUCGGGAAGCGCCGUUUCGGUGGUCACGCCAUCGCUGAAGAUCCGCAUUCCGGAGGUGGCGUGCACCAUUUGCGGGGCCCGCUUCACCGACCAGGAGCACUUCAGCAAGCACAUCCAGAAGCACGAGCAGGAGCUGUACGUGGACAAUCCACUGGCGGCGAUGUUCGACGACGGCCCGGCGGACGCCGGGCAAUUCCAGGUGGAGCGGCAGAACGAGAACGGGGAGUACGCGUGCGAUUUGUGCGCCAAGACGUUCCCCCAGGUGAUCGCACUCAAGGUGCAUCGCAAGUGGCAUUUCAGAGGUGAUAGCAAGCAGAAUCCCAUCGACGGCGAAGCGACACAGUUGACCAACAACAAUCACACCACCAGCAACAACAACAACAACAACAACUCGAUGCUGCACCUCCGCGAGCUGCAUGCGGUGGGUCUGAUGCCCAACCAGCAGCAGCAGCAGCAGAGCCUGCUCAACAACUCGUGCAACAGCAGCCUGAACCACAACAACAACAGCAGCAGCAGCAGCCGCAGCAAGUCGAUGAAGCGGAAGCGUGAGCUGAAGUGCGAGUACUGCGCCUCCACCUUCAUCAGCAACAACAACCUGCGCCGGCACAUGUACGAGCUGCACAAGCACGAGGUGAGCACCCUGCCGGAGCCGCCGGUGAUCGUGGUGGACGACCACCUGACCUGCCGACGCUGUCAGCUGAAGUUCGAGACGAAGGAGCUGUGGAUCGAGCACAAGCUGGCCGACGCGAAGGUGGUGCGCCCCUUCUGCCCCUUCCAAUGGGGCUGCGAUCUGUGCGGGGAGUAUCUGUCGCGCAAGGAGAAGCUGAUGAACCACAUCAACAACCAUCUCAAGGAGGAGGUCAUCGUGCCGGUGGCCACCAAGGAGGCCAUCGAACGGACGGCGGCAAUGGAAGCGGCGGCGGCGACAGCGGAUGCAACGGCAGCAGCAGCAGCAGGAUCCCCCAAAACAUUGGGUGAAGCAGUGAAAACCGAAGAUCAAUUACUGGACGAGGGUCAGGUGGCAGCAGCAACAUCUACAGCUGCGAAGGAGGAGGAGGACAGCGAUGAACUGGACGACGACAGCUCCGGCGAAGAGGAGGAGAGUUCGGGAACGGGCGAUGAUGAGGACGACGACACCGACGACGAUGAUGGCGAGGGCGAAGAUGAGGACGAGGAGGGCGACGGCGGCGAGGGCGAGGACGAGGAGGGAGUCCAGCCGCCGGGUCAACUGUUGCCACAGAAGCAACUCGAUGCGAAUCUCGGCCAGGACGACGAUGAUCUGGUCGAGGAGGUAAUCAGCUCGGACGACGACGAAGAUGAUGAUGGCGAGGUGGAGAGCGACGACGACGACGAGGAUGAUGAUGAGGAUGACGACGAGGACGUGGAUGUUGAGCCCGGUGCAAUGGAACUGCCCGUUCGACCGCUAAUGAAUGGCAAGUCCAAGAUGCCGCCACUUAUAGUCGCGAGCUCCGAUGACGAGGACGACGGUGUGAUGCCCAUCGAGGACAUCAUUGAGGAGGAGUUCGAUGAGGAUGGCGAUCCGGAUCCCGAUCACGAUCCAGAUCAGGAUCCGGAUCAGGAUGUAGAGGAUGCCAUCGAGGAGGUGGAUGACGAUGAUUUAGAAGAUGAGGGGGAUGUGGAGGACGAGCCGAAUGUGGUGUCGACGGCCUCCUCGUCGGAGAGCGAGUCCACCACAACGACCACGUCCAACUCGCGUUCCCAUUCGCAUUCGCAUUCGCAUUCCACGGGUGAGCGGCGUAAGCGGGCCGACGAUCAAUUGAAUGAUCCCGGCUUUACCUGUGUCCUAUGUCAACUUUGUUUCGAUUCUCAGGAGCUUCUCCAGAGCCACAUCAAAAGCCAUAUCCUCAAUGGGCCAAAGCUCAACAGCUCGGCAGCAGCAGCAGCACAGCCACCAGCGGCUGCAGCAGCAAGCGGCAGCAGCAACAGCAGCAGCAGCACGGCCGCGUUAGCAACGGCAGCAAAGACGAAGCCUGACUCCAAGUCGGCGGCGGCGGUGCUGGCCAACAACAAUAAUAACAACAGCAAGGGCAAGACUGUUGCUGCAACAGCUGCCGCCAACUGAAUUGAGGAGUAAUCAUCCACAGCCACACAUGUCACCACCAAGAACACCUCCUCACCAUCCAAAUCCAAACUCACUUGAAAUGUACAAAGCCAGUCCACUGAUCAUCGCCAUCAUUAGCAUCAUCUCACCACGAUCAUUCAGAACAAUGAAACAACAUAAGAGAAACACGAGCGAGAACAUGAACACCAGCAACGCAUUCCAUCAACAGAUCAGCCACGUUUAUGUAUAGCACAAGAUGCGUGUGAGUGCGUGUGUGUUAUAUGAACCAUUUUUUUUCUUGCUUCUAGUCUUAAGAACUUAACUAACGUAUAUGUACAUCAUAUAUAUAGUAUAUAUAUGCGUAUAUAUUGUAUAAGGAUAUAUAUUUUUUUUUUAAAUGUUAACAUAGUUUGUACCGCGCACACACUCACACACAAAGAGAAAACAGGGGAUCCAUAUGCACCCUCUUACGGUUAAGUUUCGCUUAGAAAAACUAUAUAUAUAAUGCAUACAUUGAUAUAGUAGGCUUAAGCAUAUAGCAACGUACGUCUUUAUAUAUAUUACACAUUACACAUCAAUUAUCAAGCAAACAGUUUACGACGCACCAAAGCAAGCGACAGAAAACGCAAGGGAAACCGCUCAGUUAGAGUUAGUAAAACCAUCAGGAUUUUCAAAGUAUUUCACACAACAUGCAAGACACUCUCAAAGACACACACAAAGCGCCAGAUGUUUAGACUUUUCCUUUUCGUAUAAGCUUAUUGGCUCGACCCGCCAACGUUUUUGUCGUUUUUUAGGUUUCACUCCUCGAACACGACUUUAGGUACAACUUCUGAUGAUUUGUUGGGAUCUAUUUCUAAUGCACAUUUUUUACCCAAAAUUUUUAAGGCGGUUCAAAAUGUUUAUUAUUUUGAACCGUUCACAGUUCUGCAAUAUGAACUCGGAAGCAGAAUUUGAAUUACAUUUUUUUUUUUUUCAACUUUUUAGUUCAGUAAUGACAAACAAGAAGAUCGUAACAUUAUUAUUCAAAGUAAGACAUUGAAAGCAUGCUUAACUUUAAAGUGGUGCAAACGAAUUUGUUUUUAUUCAUGCAUAUUUAAUAAUAAUACUCUACAUAUUGACAAAUAUUUUCUGCGAAGAAGUACAUCUUACUAAUCAUCUUUUGCUUGCGACCCAACGAUUUUUGAACUUGAAGUUACGACCUUUGUUCGUUGUUUCCGAUAUGAACUGGAAUACCCAUGAUGGCACCGUAAACGUCUCUCUACAUUUAAACCCAAUUUGAAGGCCAAGGUCAAUAAUGGAUCCAUACUUAGACACGUAUUUACAUAGAUUGAGAUUCAUUCAUAUAGCUAAUAUAACGAUUCACACAUAAUCUGUACAUUACUUAUAUUUCACACUCUUACACCCACACGCAUGCGCACACAACCGACAUAUAUAGACACAACUGAUAACGGCGGCAUUAUAUGUAAAACUAGCCUAAGCAAACAAAAUGUAACUGGAAAUGUAGUCUAAAACGUACAAAAUAAAUUAAAACAAAUGCAGAAUCAUAUAAGCAAACUUUUGUCCCUCACGCGUUGAAGAAUCGAAAAGAAAAAUAAUAAAAGAAAUAUAAACCUAAAAAUA